GUGUUGGCCCGGCCGCGAAGGCACCUCGGUAUAAAGACUGGCCAAUCCGCUGUCGCGGCUGCGGCCGCGGGUCCGAGAGCGCCGUCGGACCGUGGGCCCGGGAAGUGACGUUGAAACCCUCGGGGGUUCAUCCCCUGUGCUGCCCUGUUCAAAAGCUCCCUUUGUAAAUUUUCUUUUUGGAAAGAAGAGGACUUUCCGCCGUUGGAGUCGUGUUGACGCCGCAGUGUCCUCCCGCCUCUAGUACCUGGCGACUGCUGCGAGAUCGGGAGCUCUUCUUUCCAGGGACGCAUUCAGCCUACUUGAAGAAAAGAUAAAGGCAGGAAAGAUGGCAGACUGCCUGACAAACUGUUAUCAGAACUUGGUGAUCUUUGAGGAUGUGGCUGUGGAUUUCACUCAAGAAGAGUGGAUUUUGUUGGAUCAAACUCAGAGAGACCUAUACAGAGAUGUGAUGCUGGAGAACUACCAGAACCUGGCCUCAUUAGGAUGUGAACCCAUCAAACCCAGUCUCAUCUCAUGGUUGGAACAAGAAGAGAAUGUGCAGACAGGUCUCCAAGAAUGGAAAAUGCAAGUUAGCACUGAAGAGUCAGCAUUUCAGCAGAAUAUUUUGAGGGAACAAAUUUCCAGUGGGAUAAAAAUGGUGGGAAACCACAGUGCAGGCGAACUCUAUAACUAUCUGCAAUAUGGAGAAAUCUUCAGUGAACACUCAUAUUUCAAGACACACAUGAAAAUUCAAAAUUCAAGAAACCCUUGUGACUCUAAUCAGUAUGGAAGGUAUUUUCCUACUCCUCACAAAACCUCUACUGAAGAGACACUAUCUGCAUUGAGUCAGUGUGAAAGAGCCUUUAGCCUGACUCCAAAUGUCAUUUACCAGAGAAACGUCACACAAGACAAAUCUUUUGAAUGCAAUGACUAUGCCUUCCUUAGUCAGCCAUACUUUCAGGCUCAUUUGAGAAAUCACAAUGGAGAAAAACUCUUUGAACUGAAGCAGUAUGCAGGAGAUUUUACUUUUCCCACAAAUGGAACUGUGCCUAUUCAAAUGUAUACCAUAAAAGCCUAUGAAUGUAAAGUUUGUGGGAAAGUAUUUGGAUAUUCUUCAAAUCUAAAUAGUCAUAUGCGAACCCACACUGGGGAGAAACCCUAUGAAUGUAAGGUUUGUGGAAAAGUAUUUGGUUAUUCUUCAAAUCUUAACAGUCACAUGCGAACCCACACAGGGGAGAAACUCUAUGAAUGUAAGGAAUGUAGGAAGUCCUUCACUACUUCUUCAAGUCUAACUGAACAUUUCAGAAUUCAUACUGGAGAGAAACCCUAUAAAUGUAAAGAAUGUGGAAAAGCCUUCACUAAACGCUCAGGCCUUACCACACAUGUACAAACACACACUGGAGAGAAGCCCUAUGUAUGUAAGGCAUGUGGGAAAGCCUUCACUGCCGCGUCAAACCUAACCGAACACCUAAGAAUUCAUACUGGAGAGAAACCCUAUCAAUGUGAGGAAUGCGGUAAAGCCUUCCAUGCUUCUUCCUACCUGCGUAAACAUAUAAGAACUCACACUGGAGAGAAGCCCUAUGAAUGUGAAAAGUGUGGAAAAGCCUUCCAUGCUUCCUCAUACCUACGGAAACAUGUAAGAACUCACACUGGAGAGAGACCUUAUCAGUGUAGGGAAUGUGGAAAAGCGUACAAAAGGUGUUACUUGCUGACUGAACAUUUAAAAACUCACACGGUGGAGAAGCCCUUUGAAUGUAAGUUAUGCGGAAAGUCCUUUAGAAGUUCUGCCUGCCGUAAUAAGCACAUUCGAAUUCAUACUGGAGUAAAACCCUAUAAAUGUAAAUACUGUGGGAAAGCUUUCACUGUUUCCUCAAGCCUAGCUGAACAUGUCAGAACUCACACUGGAGAGAGGCCCUAUGAAUGUAAGGAAUGCGGGAAAGCCUUCACAACUUCCUCAUGUCUCAUUGUGCAUAUAAGAACCCACACUGGAGAGAAACCUUACGAAUGUAAAGAAUGUGGGAAAGCCUACAAAAGGUGUUACCUACUGACUGAACAUGUAAAAACUCACACAGGGGAAAAGCCCUUUCAAUGUAAGGUAUGUGGGAAAUUUUUUGGAAAUUCCUCAUGUCUUAAUAAGCAUGUCCGAAUUCAUACUGGAAUAAAACCGUAUAAAUGUAAGUAUUGUGGGAAAGCCUUCACUGUUUCUUCAAGCCUAGCUGAACAUGUAAGAACUCACACAGGGGAGAAGCCCUAUGAAUGUAAGGAAUGUGGGAAAUCCUUCACUACAUCUUCAAACCUAUAUCAUCAUGUAAGAAUUCACACUAGGGAGAAGCCCUAUAAAUAUCAGGAAUGUGGGAACACCUAUAAUAGGCUUUAUUUGCUAACAGAACAUUUAAUAACUCAAACUGAACAGAAACCCUUUGAAUGGAAGGAAUGCCGAAAAUCCUUUAGGAAUUCUUCACGUCUUAAUCAUCACACUGGAAUUUUUACUGAUGAAAAACCUUAUUAAUGUGAAGAAGGUGGAGGAGCCCUCAAUUAUGCCAGUUUAUUUCAAAGACUUGAAAGCUUUCUAUUCUCAAGACUCCCCAGGAAUUUAAGGAAUGUGUGAGAGCCAUUGGAAUCUGAUCACGAUGCAGCAUUAUGAGAACUCAUCCUGGAGACAUAUUAUGUAAUAAACAUGAAAAUCCUGUUUCUCAGGGACCUAUUAAAUAUUUAGCCUCUUCCAGUAGAGAGGAAACACUGUC